AUCUCCGGGUUGGGUACCGGUAUAAUCCGCUUCUAGCUUGUUUGGAGGCGUGGGCACUCAGGAGCGGACUUCUGCGCGAAUCCUCUCCUGGGGCUUGGAAAGGAGGAGGAUUUGGGGGUGGUUGCCCAGAGAACCAUCACCUCCGCUUGCUGGAGGGUUGAUAGGGGACUUCCUUUUUUGUCCCCCUUUAUUUGGGAGUAUCCGUUACAGAGAAAGAAAUGAGUCUUUUUGGUUUCUUAAAACGCCAGCCGCAGUGAAGAAGAGCUGCUGCAGGUCCGGGGGAAGAGAGGAAGUGCACGGCUGUCUGUAACGUGCUGCCGGGUCCCAGGAUGGAGGAGUGAAGAAGGCUCCGCGUCGCCGGUGCCAGCCUGCGGAGCCCGCCAGAAGCCGAGUCCCCGGAGAGCGCCCUGAGGGAGCAGGGUGGCCGCCUGGUCCAGAUUUCUUACUAAAAAAUAAUUGUGAUAUGCAACAUAUUAUCGUGAGAAAAGCUCAGUCCCCAUUCAUAAAGUAGUAACAACUAUCCUGAGACAUCAACUACUUUGAAUUGACUUAUGUGUGAAAUAUCUAAGGAAUGUUUACCCUUGCGGAAGUUGCUUCGCUUAAUGACAUUCAGCCAACUUACCGAAUCCUGAAACCAUGGUGGGACGUGUUUAUGGAUUACCUGGCUGUCGUUAUGUUGAUGGUAGCCAUCUUUGCAGGAACCAUGCAACUUACCAAAGAUCAGGUGGUCUGCUUGCCAGUAUUGCCAUCUCCUGUAAAUUCAAAGGCACACACCCCCCCAGGAAAUGCCGACGUUGCCACCAACAUCCCGAAGAUGGAAGCAGCCGCCGACCGAGACCAGGAUGGGCAGACGACAAAAGACAUUUCCUUUGGCACAUCUGCUGUGACACCUGACAUACCUCUCAGAGCCAUAUAUCCUCACACAGACUCCACGGUUCCAAUUCAGGAGGCAAAGAAAGAGAAAAAAGAUCCAAUAGGUCGACAAACAAACUUGGAUUUUCAGCAAUAUGUAUUUAUUAAUCAGAUGUGUUACCACCUGGCUCUUCCGUGGUAUUCUAAGUACUUUCCGUACCUUGCUCUUAUACAUACUAUUAUUCUCAUGGUCAGUAGCAACUUUUGGUUCAAAUAUCCCAAAACGUGCUCAAAAGUAGAACAUUUUGUUUCAAUAUUAGGAAAGUGCUUUGAAUCUCCUUGGACUACUAAGGCGUUGUCUGAGACAGCGUGUGAAGACUCGGAGGAAAACAAGCAGAGAAUAACAGGUGCCCAGACUCUCCCAAAGCACGUGUCUACCAGCAGUGAUGAAGGGAGCCCCAGUGCCAGUACCCCAAUGAUCAACAAAACUGGCUUCAAGUUUUCAGCUGAGAAGCCCGUGAUCGAAGUCCCUAGUAUGACCAUCCUGGAUAAAAAAGACGGGGAACAGGCCAAGGCCCUGUUUGAGAAGGUGAGGAAGUUCCGUGCUCAUGUGGAAGACAGUGACUUGAUCUAUAAACUGUACGUGGUCCAAACAGUUAUCAAAACAGCCAAGUUCAUUUUUAUUCUCUGCUACACUGCAAACUUUGUCAACGCAAUCAGCUUUGAACAUGUCUGCAAGCCAAAAGUGGAGCACCUGACCGGCUAUGAGGUGUUUGAGUGCACCCACAAUAUGGCUUAUAUGCUGAAAAAGCUUCUCAUCAGUUACAUCUCCAUUAUUUGUGUUUAUGGUUUUAUCUGCCUCUACACUCUCUUCUGGUUAUUCAGGAUACCUUUGAAGGAAUAUUCUUUUGAAAAAGUCAGAGAAGAGAGCAGUUUCAGUGACAUUCCAGAUGUCAAAAACGAUUUUGCGUUCCUCCUUCAUAUGGUAGACCAAUACGACCAGCUGUAUUCCAAGCGUUUUGGUGUCUUCUUGUCAGAAGUCAGUGAAAAUAAACUUAGGGAAAUUAGUUUGAACCACGAGUGGACAUUUGAAAAGCUUAGGCAGCACGUGUCCCGCAAUGCCCAGGACAAGCAGGAGCUCCAUCUGUUUAUGCUGUCGGGUGUGCCUGACGCUGUUUUUGACCUCACAGACCUGGAUGUGCUAAAACUUGAACUGAUUCCAGAAGCUAAAAUUCCUGCUAAGAUUUCUCAAAUGACUAAUCUCCAAGAGCUUCACCUCUGCCACUGCCCUGCGAAAGUUGAACAGACUGCUUUUAGCUUUCUCCGCGAUCACUUGAGAUGCCUUCAUGUGAAGUUCACUGAUGUGGCUGAAAUUCCUGCCUGGGUGUAUUUGCUCAAAAACCUUCGAGAGUUGUACUUGAUAGGCAAUUUGAACUCUGAAAACAAUAAGAUGAUAGGACUUGAAUCUCUCCGCGAGUUGCGGCACCUUAAGAUCCUCCACGUGAAGAGCAAUUUAACCAAAGUUCCCUCCAACAUUACAGAUGUGGCUCCACAUCUUACAAAGCUAGUCAUUCACAAUGACGGCACUAAACUCUUGGUACUGAACAGCCUUAAGAAAAUGAUGAAUGUCGCCGAGCUCGAACUCCAGAACUGUGAGCUAGAGAGAAUUCCACAUGCUAUUUUCAGCCUCUCUAAUUUACAGGAACUGGAUUUAAAAUCAAAUAACAUACGCACAAUUGAAGAAAUCAUCAGUUUCCAGCAUUUAAAACGCCUGACUUGUUUAAAAUUAUGGCAUAAUAAAAUUGUCACCAUUCCUCCCUCCAUUACCCAUGUCAAAAACUUGGAGUCACUUUAUUUCUCUAACAACAAGCUCGAAUCCUUACCAGUGGCAGUGUUUAGUUUACAGAAACUCAGAUGCUUAGAUGUAAGCUACAACAACAUUUCAAUGAUUCCAGUAGAAAUAGGAUUGCUUCAGAACCUGCAGCAUUUGCAUAUCACUGGGAACAAAGUGGACACUCUGCCAAAACAAUUGUUUAAAUGCGUUAAGUUGAGGACUUUGAAUCUGGGGCAAAACUGCAUCACUUCCCUCCCAGAGAAAAUUAGUCAGCUCGCCCAGCUCACCCAGCUGGAGCUGAAGGGGAACUGCUUGGACCGCCUGCCAGCCCAGCUGGGCCAGUGUCGCCUGCUCAAGAAAAGCGGGCUUGUUGUGGAAGAUCACCUUUUUGACACCCUGCCACUCGAAGUCAAAGAAGCAUUGAAUCAAGACAUAAAUGUUCCCUUUGCAAAUGGGAUUUAAACUGAGCUAAUACGUGCACAUGCGUGUGCAGGAACAACUUCCUAGAUUGCAAAUGCUCACGUACAGUUAUUGCAAAAUAAUGCAUUUUAGGAGUAGAUACAUCUUUAAAAAUAAAACACAGAGAGGAUACAUAGAAGGCUGAUAGAAGACAUAACUGAAUGUUCCAUGUUUGUAGUGUUUUAAGUCAUUCAUUUCCAAAUCUUUUUUCUUUUUUUCUUUUGGGGAAAGGGAAGGAAGAAUUAUAAUCACUAAUCUUGGUUUCUUUUUAAGUUGUUUGUAACUUGGAUGCUGCCGCUACUGAAUGUUUACAAAUUGCUUGCCUGCUAAAGUAAAUGAUUAAAUUGACAUUUUCUUACUAUA